UCUCUAUUUGCCUCCGCUUAAAGCCAUGCAGUUCACCUCGACCCUCAGUGCUUAUCGGGACGUUGGGGGGUGCGCACGUCCUCUCUCUCUCUCUCUCUCUCUCUCCCAAGGUGUUGUGGCGAACUGGUGCAAUGUUUAAGGGCAAAUGAAAGAAACGAAGGAAAGAAAGAAAAAGAGGAAAAUAAUUGAGUGAAAGAUAAACUGUGACCUGUGAAGCAAGAAUAUUAUUAAUUAAACAAGAACAAGGUGCAAAAUAACAACAAACAGAACGGAAAGAAAAAAAAAGGGAAAACAAAGCAAGUUAAAAGCGGGAAGCGAAAAUAUAAACAAGUCAACAACAACAACAACAACAACAACAACAACAACAAUCGCAACAAAAGUCAUUUCCCUUUCACUCCUCUCCCUUGUUUCCUCUCCCUGGUAACUCUCCCUUCCCUUUCACCUUCACCUCUCCCUCUAGCGGUCAGUCCUCCUAACCUUCCCUUGACCUCUCUCUCUCUCUCUCUCUCUCUCUCUCUCUCUCUCUCUCUCUCUCUCUCUCUCUCUCUCUCUCUCUCUCUCUCUCUCGUGAGUGCUUUCGUCACCUUCGUCAGUGCCUCCGUCAGUGUCCCCUUCAGUAUCUCAUCAGUGCCUUCAUCAGUGUCUUCUUCAGUCCCUCCGUCAGUCCCUCCGGCAGUGCCUCCGCCAGUGCCUCCAUUAGCACCUUCGUCAGUAUCCCCGUCAGUGCCUUCGUCAGCAUCUCCAUCAUCACCUUCGUCAGCUGCCUCAGUCGUCGCCGUCAGCAGGCAUGGAGGGCGUGGACGUGCAUGAUCACGUGCCGCCAAGACUACAGCGGCUGGUGAACGGACAGGCGCCGCUGGUGGGGGAUGACGAGGAUGAGGAGCCCACGCCCUUGACUGCUGCGCCUCCUCCCGCCUGCGUCAGAUCCCGCGUACUGAAUCCCGGGUCUCGUCACUACAUCAUCAGGCGUAAUGGUGACAUCAACCUCACUUACGCCAACCUCCGCCAGAGACGCUCCCGUUACCUGCAGGACCUGUACACCACUCUGGUUGACGUGCAGUGGCGGUGGACUCUGCUCGUGUUCUUUCUGGGCUUCAUCAUCAGCUGGCUUUGUUUUGCCUUCAUCUGGUACAUGAUCAUCAAGGUGCACGGCGAUGACCAGGAGGACCCACAGCAACCACCUUGCAUUAACAACGUCCAAACCUUCACUGGCAGCUUUCUCUUCUCCAUUGAGACGCAGCACACCAUUGGCUAUGGUUACAGAUACAUCACAGAGGAAUGCCCAGAAGCCGUGCUAAUCAUGUGCAUCCAGAGCAUUACUGGUGUCAUUCUUCAGGCGUUCAUGGUCGGUGUAGUGUUUGCCAAGCUGACGCGGGCAAAGCAACGCUCAAACACAAUCAUCUUCUCUCGCCAAGCCUGCAUCUGUCUGCGUGACGGGAACCUCUGCCUUCUCUUUCGCAUUGGAGACAUGAGGAAGUCGUUUAUUAUUGGUGCGAGUGUCAUGGCGCAGGUGGUGCGUCGCCGGAGCACAGACGAGGGCGAGGUGAUUCCCUUCCACCAGUACGAUGUGACAGUGGGCAGCGAUGACGGCUCAGAGAAGCUGUUCUUCAUCUGGCCCAUGACUAUCGUGCACGUCAUCAACCAGAACUCUCCCUUCUACAACAUGUCGGCUGUCGACCUCAUGAAUGAAAACUUUGAGUUGGUGGUGUAUCUGGAGGGCACCACAGAGUCCACGGGCAACACCAUGCAGGCACGCUUCUCCUACCAGCCCUCCGACAUCCUGUGGGGCCAUCGCUUUGAGAACAUGAUAUCCUUCGACAAGUCUUCCGACAAUUAUGCUGUUGACUUCAGGGAAUUUAACAAGACAAGGGAGAUCCCCACCCCUCUGUGCAGUGCCCGGGAGCUGGAGGAGUUUAAGCAACAGAGCAACGAGCCACUGGUGCACUACACGCCCUCCGGCAAUGACCCUGUGGUGUGUCUGGAGCCCAAUGUGUUUCUGACCCACGGACAACAGCAGAGGGUCCACUCACGCUCUCCAAUGUAGUGGUGGUGGUGGUGGAGGUGAAGUGGUGAAGUGGUGGUGGAGUGGUGGUUUAAUAAUGCAGUAGUAGUAGUGGUAAUGGUGAUAGUGGUGAUGAGGUUGUGAUGAGGUGGUGAUGGUUGCAGCAGUAACAUUUAACAUAGUAGUAGUAGUAGUAGUAGUAGUAGUAGUAGUAGUAGUAGUAGUAGUAGUAGUAGUAGUAGUAGUAGUAGCAGUAGUAGUAGUAGUAUAAACAUUAAUGCAUGAUCACCUAUAACUAUUCUUAUUACACUAUUUUUUUCAUUUCUUCUUAUUAUUCACUCUUUUCUUAUAUUAUUAUUAUUAUUAUUAUUAUUAUUAUUAUUAUUAUUAUUAUUAUUAUUAUUACUACUACUCUUAUAAUGCCAAAUAAAGUUACAACAGCUGCAGCAGUAGUACAAGUGGUAGCAACAGCAGAAGCAACAGUAGUGGUGGUGGUGGUGGUGAAAGGAGGGGCAGUGGAUGGCAAUGUCUUCGUGAUCAUAAUCCACUGCUCAGUAAGGUUACAAAGGUAUUCUAGAAACAGUACCUAUAUACAUAAGCUCUGGUACCCUGGUAAUAUGUAACCCAUAGACUAUUAAGCUCUUCCCAUUACAUCAUACACAUAGGUACCAAUACGAUGCGUCUUCCAAAUGUGUGACAGUGAAGGAAAUCAUUAGUUCAAAAUAGAAGGUAAAACAAGGUAAAUGUGAGUGAAAGUUACAAUGAAAAGGAUCAGUACAGGAGAAGGUAGUAAAUAUGAGCAUAUGAGAUUUUAGGAAGUUAAUUAUAUGAGAAAGAUUAGUGCAGGAAAAGUGCAAAAUAAGAAUGACAAGAAUCAGUACAGGAAAAGUAGAAAAUAGUAGAAAAUAAGAGAAUACAAGAUUUUUAAGUUACCAAUAUAAGAGGGAUAUGUAAAAGAUUUCAUGAGCAUAACAGUAUGACAGGUACAACAGCUGUUAUCAAAAGCAGUGAAUAGCAAUGAGUAUACAAGGUUUUAUACACAUAAAAGUAGCAAUAAUAAAAUAACCCCACUUAGGUAGUCUUAGUUUAGCGUAGCAGGCAGCACACUCACCAAGGUCUAAGUGUUGUGAGUGCAUAAGUGGUGGCUGGCGGUGUUGUGAUGUCAGGUUGUACGUUAAGAAAUAAGAGAGUGACAGAGUACUGUAUUUUCACCAGAGGCUUGCAUGUGUCUCUGCCGUAAUGCCAGGGAAGCAUCAGGUGGUGAGAAAAAUAUCAUUACAGUGACCUUAUCGUGAUUGUAUGCAGGAGUUACAAAUAUAAAUAAGGAUAAUCCCAUCUUGUAAUAUGUGUUUUUAUACCAGCAAAGGUAGACAGGCAAGAAAACAAAGGAAGAUAAACUAUAUUAAAAAUCUGCCAAAAUAUUUCAAGAGCAGGUUAAAUGGUGUGAUGUUUGGACCAAUGCAACAAAGAUGAAGCAAUUAAGAUAGAUUAAAAAAUUAUGUACUUUUAGUGCCUUGACCCUUUCACUGCAAUAUGCAAUAACUCAGCAUUCAAAGCAAUGUACGGAGUCUUUAUAAGCAUUUACAAGAAAGAAAAGUGUAAAAAAAGAAUGGAUUUUGCAAUUUCUAGCCAGUUCAUUGUUUGGAAAUGACUGCAGAAUAAGAUAUGCCAAACAGCAGUGAGCAAGUUAACAAAGCAAUAGUGAUGUGAACUCAACUAUCUCUGUCAGACCAAGGCAGCAGAGACAGGCAAUACCUACCUAUGUAAGUUAAGUUAAUAACGUUGAUGUGUUACUUUCAUAGUGCCUUAACCCUCUCACUGCAAUAGACAACAGUUCACGGCACUAAACAAUACAUGACAUCUUGGUAAACAUCUACAAGAAAGGAAUUAAGAGGAUACGUUUUGCAAUUUCUAACCAGUGUAAUGUUUGGGGGGAGGGGGGGAGAGCUGCAGGGAAAGAAAAAAAUGUCUCAGAGUGGUUAGAGGUUAAGGAAAGAUGUACCAAACAGCAGUGAAAGGGUUAACUAACAAAGCAGUAUGAUAUGAUGUGCUUUGCUUAACACAACACAUUCAAAGUUUUAUUUAUACAUGACACAGCUGAACUCGGGAAAUCUAUGAUGCAUCUGUGAUAUAUUUUUAGCAUGUACCUUGUAAUAAAAUACUAAUAUAUUCAGUUUUCCUGUUGUGUUGUCCUGUCACGUCUUCGGAGGUGGAAUGUACUAAGGAAACACUCAGCCUCUUGUAGGAAGGUGGUGUUGUGAUGAGUGUUGCUGUGUCUAGCGUUGCAGUGUCCUUUGUAACAUUAAAAAGUAUGUGGCUUUUAUAUCUA